AUGUCUUCGUCGCCUAUCAGAAGUAGCGGGUUCUACAAGUCUGUGGGAGGAACAUCAAGAGUGAUAAACGACCAUAAUAGCAGAGUGCACAAGAAGACAAGUGCGUCAAAGCCAGCCAGCGGAUUGUUUGGCAGAUUGAAAAAGUACCUCGGAAAUGUGGUGGAGCGAUAUGAGACUGACGAUGCCAAUGUGAACAACGUGAGGAGCAUAUUGGGCAUCGACAGUAUGGAGGCUGUUCCCGAACAUGAGGCCACGCAACGGGAUGAUCUCCAGAAUGACAAGUCAAGAUACCUUGCAAGACACAACAUCGGGACGAACUAUAGAGAUAUUGAAUCCAAAUACAGUGGUCAAAAUAAAAGAGUUUCUUUUCGUGGUGCAGGGCAUGAAGACAUUCAGAUAUCGACAUUGAAAUCACAGCUAAAAGAGAAAAAUGAGUUGAUAGACAUGCAUAACCAGACUAUAAGUUCAUUGAACUCGAAGUACGACACCGCAUUGAAAAAUUUCAAUGUCGAAAUCGAAGAUUUGGAGCGUAAGAAUCAAAAGGCACUCGAGGAACAAGAGGCUCUCUCAAAAGAAAAUUCGGAAUUGAUCACUAAAAACAAGGAGUUGAAGCAAAAGAUGGCGCUGACUAUAGAAGAAUAUGAUAAGAAAUUUCAAGAGUUGUCCAAAGAAGAAACCAAACUAGCCAGCCAAUUAUUGAAGCUAGAGAGAAGAAGUAAAGAACUUGAGAACUUGGAGAUCGAGCUACACUAUCGCCAGUCAGAUUUGGAUCAACGAGAAAAGAGUAUGAAAGAAUUGGAACUUAAAAGUGCAGUUAUGAGGGAACUAACCCAAGUCAAGGAAACAUCAGAGAAACGUAGGGUUAAGCUUGAUCAAGAAGCAAUUCAAAUCAAAACCAUGAUAGAUAAACACUCAGAUGAAUUCAAGAGAUUGAGAAAACUUCAUGGAUACUCAAUUGAACCUAUAAGUUUGCGUGGAUUGGAAUCGUCUGAUCUGUUCAAAUCUAUCUUCGAAAAAAUCGAUAAUGAAAUUGAGUUUCUUCAAGCGUACAACAAUGACAAGGAUAUCAGUGUAGAACAGAUUGAUAACCCUACCAUUGAAGAACAGUUUCGAUCUUUCAACGAGGAGUUGCUCAGGAACAAAGCAUCAAAAGAAGAGAAAUUGAAGGAAUUAUCUGAAACAUUGCUAGUAAUGAAUCCCAAAAGUAACUCAAACCCAGAGAUAUUAUCAGAUAUACGCAAGUUGUACGUGAAGAAGUAUAAAGUGCUCUUUAAAUUGCGGACAAUCAAUCAAAUAUUGUCGAAGAUGAAUAUUGUCUUUGAGUACCAAGAAGAUUCAAAAGUAUUGCAACAAUUCAGCAAGCGGGGUCACUCAGAUAUCCAGGAGUUUUAUGGGAAGUUGAAGAGGGAAAUCGAGGAAAGAUACUUAUAG